UCACCUGUUGCCGAUGGAGUGCCGACUGUCGAGGGCGAGGUGAAGCUGCAUAUGAUUUCUAAAGGAGCUGGAAUGAAGAUGAUGUCCCUAUCGGAAGUUCUUCUCCGUUUUGAACACGACGAUGAGUGGCACGAGUUGCAGCUCUCCCCUGCCAUUGGUUUUCAGAACAACAUGUUAGCCAUGAACGGCUUGGGUGGUCGCUCAGAUCUAUCUAGGUUCCGCUUGGCUGGGCUUACCAAACCGGUGUGCGAGAUUGGUCCGGCUAGGAUCAUU